CCUCCUUCUUUUCGGCUCAGGCGGAGACUCGAGCCAGGCGCUGGGAGCGUGAGGUGGGUUUUUUUUUUUCGCAGCAGCUGAACAUCCGGACAACUCCGCCGCCAUUAUGGUGAAGCUCGCUAAGAAUGUUAAAAACCAGCCUAAACAAAAGAAAAUGACUACCCUUCCCCCGAAGGAAAUUGAUGACAGCGAUGAAGAAGAUUCAUCUGAAGAAGAGGAGAGUAGUGAGGAGGAGGAGAUGCUGGCUGCUAAGAAAGCAGCAGCCGUCCCAGCAAAAGCAGCUGUUCCCAACAAAAAGGCAGCAAUUCCUGCGAAAAAGGCAGUAGCUGCCGCCCCGGCUAAGAAAGCAGCUGCCGCGCCUGCGAAAAAGGCCCCCGUCUCUGCCAAGGGAGCGAAAAACGGGAAGAAUGCCAAGAAGGAAGAAAGCGAGGAGGAAGAGGACGACGACGAAGAGGAGGACGAGGAUGAAGAAGAUGAUAGCGAGGAAGAUGAAUCUGAGGAGGAGGCUGCUGUGCCAGUGAAAAAGCGGGGUGUCCCGGCCCCUCAGAAGAAGCCUGUCGCUCCCACCAUCCUGAAACCGAUGGACGAGGAGGAAGAGGAAGAGGAUGAUAGCGAAGAGGAUGAGUCGGAGGACGAGCCCAUGGAAGCCACCCCAGCCAAAGGAAAGAAGGCUGUGCCAGCGAAGGCAGCCCCGGCGAAGGCAGCCCCAGGAAAGGAGGAGUCUGAGGAAGAAGAGGAAGACUCCGAGGAAGAGGAGGAAGGGGAUGAAGAGGACGACGACGAGGAGGACGACGACGACGAAGAGGAAGAAGAAGGUCUGCAAGGCAUGCCUGGAAAACGAAAGAAGGAAUUGGCCAAGCAGAAAGGCACCCCAGAUGCCAAGAAGAAGAAAACAGAAGAGCCUGCCUUCUCUCUCUUCAUGAGUAACCUCAACGCCAGCAAGAACUUCGAAGAACUCAAGGCUGCCAUCAGAGAUUUCUUUGGCAAAAAGGACCUUCAAGUCCAGGAAGUCAGAAUUGGCAAUUCCAAGAAGUUUGGCUACGUAGAUUUCUCCACUGAAGCCGAGCUGGAUAAAGCACUCAAAUUAAAUGGGAAAAAACUGAUGGGCUUGGAAACAAAACUAGAAAAGGCAAAGAGCAAGGAGAGCCUUUGGGAGAAUAAAAAAGAGAGAGAAGCCAGGACCAUUUUUGUGAAGAACUUGGCUUACAGCGUCACCCAGGAUGAACUGCAUGGCGUAUUUGAGGACGCCGUCGAAGUCAGGCUGGUGUCCAAGGAUGGGAAUAGCAAAGGGAUCGCCUACAUCGAAUUUAAAAGCGAGGCCGAUGCCGAGAAAGCCUUGGAGAAGCAGGGGGUAGAGAUCGACGGCCGCCCCAUCGUGCUUGACUACGUAGGUGAGAAGAGCCAGCAGGAGGGCCGGAAACCCAGCAAGGGAACCCCGUCAGGGGGAGAAUCGAAGACGCUGGUGGUGAACAACCUCUCCUACGAUGCCACCGAAGAAAGCCUUCAAGAGGUCUUUGAGAAAGCCUCCGCCAUCAGGAUCCCCCAGAACAACCAGGGAAGACCCAAAGGGUAUGCCUUUGUCGACUUCGCCACGGCUGAGGAGGCCAAGGAAGCCAUGAACUCCUGCAACAACACAGAGAUCGAAGGCCGCACCAUCCGAUUAGAAUUCAGCAACUCGGGGGGACAGAGCAGAAGUGCAAACACUAAAGGAGGCUUUAGUCAGCAAAGCAAAACCCUCUUUGUCAAAGGCCUGUCCGAGGACACCACCGAAGAGACCCUGAGAGAGUCGUUUGACAGCUGCAUCGGUGCGAGAAUAGUGACCGACCGGGACACCGGCUCCUCCAAAGGAUUUGGCUUUGUGGACUUCAGCUCCCCGGAAGACGCCAAGGCAGCCAAGGAAGCCAUGGAGGACGGAGAGAUCGACGGGAACAGGGUGACCCUCGACUUUGCCAAGCCCAAAGGCGGGACCCCUCGUGGGGGCGGCGGCGGAGGAGGUGGCUUCGGACGUGGCGGCAGAGGAGGGGGACGUGGCGGCCGAGGUGGAUUCGGGGGCCGAGGAGGAGGCAGAGGAGGCUUCGGAGGCAGAGGCGGUGGCGGCUUCAGGGGCGGCCGAGGUGGCGGCGGUGGCGAUCACAAGCCCCAAGGGAAGAAGAUCAAGUUUGACGACUGAGCGGCGUGCUUUCCUCCGCAUCCGAAAGGACUCUGGGGUUUUUGAUUCUGUCACCUUGACAUGACAGAGCCUUCUGAGGACAUUCCAAGACACGUCUGCAGUCCCCGAGGGGGGGGGCUUCCCCGGAGGCCUCCCCCCCCUCAGCAAAGAAACAGCCAAGCGACUGCCUGGCACGCGCAUAAGAACUUUUUUAGAAAAACAAAACAAACAAACAAAAAGCCACAAGAAAUGUGGGAGUUGUGUCCAUGUAUUUCCCUGAAUUUAUAACGUUUUUUCCCCAUGUACAAAAUUUAACUUCCCGAUGCAUUUCUGUAGGCUUUUUCUCUUUGUAUUUUUGUUUUUUUGUUUUUUUUCUUCUCCCUCCCUCCCCCCUUGCUGUAAAAAAAUGCAAAAUGUUUUAUCAUUUGUGUCACGGCAACCUGUCUAGGACAGAUUAAAGGGCCUAAGUGGA